CACGCCAACGCCCCCAAGCCGCUGAGAGACCGCUAAGACGCGAAAGGCGAGUCUGAGCCGCUUUUGCAGGUUGUGGUGGUGGCGGCGGUGGCAGCAGCAGUUACACGAUCGGCAACAUGGACAACGCUGGGAAGGAGCGCGAGGCGGUGCAGUUGAUGGCGGACGCCGAGAAGCGAGUCAAGGCUUCUCAUUCCUUCCUCCGAGGGCUAUUCGGAGGAAACACAAGAAUAGAAGAGGCUUGUGAAAUGUACACAAGAGCUGCAAAUAUGUUCAAGAUAGCUAAGAACUGGAGUGCUGCAGGAAAUGCAUUUUGUCAGGCAGCCAAACUCCAUAUGCAGCUUCAGAGCAAGCAUGAUUCUGCUACGAGCUUCGUGGAUGCUGGGAAUGCCUACAAAAAGGCAGAUCCUCAAGAGGCUAUCAACUGCUUAAAUGCAGCCAUCGACAUUUACACAGACAUGGGAAGGUUUACAAUUGCAGCCAAGCAUCACAUUACUAUUGCUGAAAUAUAUGAGACUGAACUUGUAGACAUAGAGAAGGCUAUCGCCCAUUAUGAACAAUCAGCUGAUUAUUACAAAGGAGAAGAAUCCAACAGUUCGGCAAACAAGUGUCUGCUGAAGGUGGCAGCAUAUGCUGCCCAGCUUGAGCAAUACCAGAAAGCUAUUGAGAUUUAUGAGCAGGUUGGAACAAACACUAUGGAUAAUCCUUUGUUGAAGUAUAGUGCAAAAGAUUACUUCUUCAAAGCGGCUCUCUGUCACUUUAUUGUAGAUGAAUUGAAUGCCAAACUUGCUCUUGAGAAAUAUGAAGAAAUGUUUCCAGCAUUUACUGAUUCAAGAGAAUGUAAAUUAUUGAAAAAACUUUUAGAAGCUCAUGAAGAACAGAACAGUGAAGCUUAUACUGAAGCAGUGAAGGAAUUUGACUCAAUAUCUCGCUUGGAUCAGUGGCUUACCACCAUGUUGCUUCGUAUCAAAAAGUCCAUCCAAGGGGAUGGAGAAGGAGAUGGAGACCUCAAGUGAACCAUGUCUGUCUUUGUGGCAUGCAGCUAACUCCAGUUUAGUUUUGUCUUAGAGUCAAGUGAUCUUUAUGAGAUGCCCAUUUAAUAGCUUAAUUUUGUUGCACAUAAGCCAAAUGAUCUGUGUGCUUUUUAAGCUCACCGUUUUGUGUUGCAGUGAAGCAAACAGAUGGGAAGCUUCUUCUAUGCAUACUGUGGGUAGGAUGGGCUAUUUCACACUUGUCAGUCCCCAGAGUUGUCUGAGAACUACUUCAGCAUCUGAUUCCUGCUGUUUUCAUAUUUUCAGAACCCAUGCUUAAUUUUGCUGUAUAAUUUUAUAUUCUUUUUCCUAGGCUUGAGUAUCCAACUCAGCUAUUCUAGUGAAUGCUUUGUCUAUUCUCUAUGUGGAUUUGGAUGUAUAUUCUAGAUAUAUGUAUUUAGCUUAGGGUGGUUGUUAGGAAUGAGUUUGUAACUUUCCUCAAUAUAACUUUUUUUGUUAUUUGUGUGUUUUUUUUUUUUAAUGGUGCUAGUAAUCAGUUUCUUUGCUGUUUAUGUUGUUCUCUAUGCUGAUGUUGCAUGCAAAAUUUCAGAGCAGCCUGGGUCUGCCUGGGAACUUUCUGGCAGUGUUGGCUUAUGUGUGUGAAUGAAUGUCAAGGUGGGUUUGAUUAAUUUGUAUUUACACACACACACAAUCUGUGAAAAAAAGAAAUUUUCCUUUUGCUAGAGAAAGUUUCCACUUUUAGUUGGCAUGACAAUCUCUUCCUUUAUAGUCACAUAAAGGUGUUUUAACUGGAACAUCCCUUUUCUUUUAUUUUUAUAUAUUUCCCACAUUGAGAUGUUGUACUUUGUGUCACAGUCGGGUAAAUCCUUGUCAGGGCUGGGUGAUUAUUUAAGUUUGAGCUUGAGAAAAUCAUCUAUUUUAUCUAUUGAGAUAGGUUUGUUGGGCCCGUGUCCAGCAGAGAAGCAAUUACAGGAGGUCAGGUGGUGGUGUACCUGAUUAAGUGAACACAUUACAGUGCACAAGAGCCCAGGUUCAGGUACCUGCAGGGGGGAAGCUUCAUGAAUGGUAAAAUAAAGCUGCAAGUGUCUCUGUGUUUCUCUUCCUCUCUGUCUCCCCCUUUCAAUUUGUCUCUUGUCUUUAUCCAAAAAUAAAGAAAAGAAAAGAGAGAAGCCAGAACUCCCACCUUCUGCAGCCCAAAAAGAAUUUUGGUAUGUACUAGAGGGGGAGAAAUGAUAGGGGAAGAUGACCAGAGGACUCUGAAUUCCAACUCCAUCAGGACUUGGAGAAAGAAGAGGAGAGAAAGGACAUUCGGAAGUAGUAAGAGGUAUAGAUGUGACUUAGGAAGAGAAGGCAGUACCAUAGGGGUAAAAAAAAAAAAAAAAAGGCAAAUAAAUAGAAAUAUAGACAGAGAAGUAAUAACCCAAAUCUGUAACCUUGGGAGAACUUCUGUAGCCUCCAAUGGAGGGAAUGGGGAUAUAGUCUCCUGGUGGUGAGGACAGUGCAGAAUUAUACCCUUUAUCUUAUAAUUUUGUAAGUCAGUAUUAAAUUACUAAUAAAAUUUAAGGAAAAGAAAAAGAGAUAAAUUGGUUGGGAUUAAUAUAAUCUAAUGAGUUACUCUAUUUACUAUGUCUAGCUUUGAAGAACCCAAACUAGUCUGUUUUGUUUGUUUUUUAUUACUAUUAUUCUGGUAAUGGGGCUUUGUACAUGCACAGUGUUACCACUCCUAACCAAUUCUUUAUUCUGUAUUUAAGAGAUAAAGGGAGAAACAACACAGCACUGCUCCAUAAUCCAUGGAGCUUCCCACAGUAUUGUGGUGUUCUCAUUUAUUGGUAGUUUCUGGACUUGAACCCAGGGUCUUCCAUUUGGUAAGGUGCCUGUUGAUGGAAUUGUUUGACCUUGUGUAUGUUUGAACUCUGUUUCACUAUCACAGUUUAUAUAAUAGUAUGCUUUUGUUUAUUAACUUGGUCCUCACUAUUAAGUUGUCCUUUGAACAUGUUCUUGUUUCCCAAAUCUCCUCUGUGCAUACUUUUAUUCUUAAAUGAUUUGUUUUUGCUCGAUAUCUGUUACCAAACAUAGCCUGUGGUUCUUUUUAAAUUGUGACAGCAAUCAGUAGUGACAGACAGUGGAAUUUCCCAUGUGAUGUCAAAUAUAACUAGUAUUUGAAUGGGAGUUUUCAUUUUUGAAUGGUCCACAGUUGGGAUUGGUAGGCAUGUGUGGGCAUGUGGGAGACAGAAGUAGCAUCAUAUGCCCCUGCCUGGAGCUGAAUUGGGAGGAAGACUUGGGGAUGAUGAAAUGGUCAGUCUAGGAUGAAAGAGGAAGUAUCAGGAAAUGAAGUUGAAAAAAGUCAGAUGAAGCCUUAUUCUAGAGACUCUUCCCUCAGAUGACUGACUGUAAGGAGUCCCUGCACAUGGAUGUCAAGUGAACUGAUGGCAAGAGUGAUCAGCAAUAUCACAGUGUCAUCUGAGAGUAGAGAGGAUGGACCAGAGGACUUGGGACCUGGCAACUGAUGAGGAUUCCCUCCUGGCUCUUCCUUCCUAGGACUGGAUUCUUAAAAGAAAGCUGACUGUCUAUGUACAGUUUGGAACAAAGUCCAACCACCUGGCUCUGUAGCGCAAUGGAUAGCGCACUGGACUUCUAGACAUGGAACAAAGUCCAUUUGCUACACCUCCACUUCCUGCUAGAGUCUCUUAUGUAAAAAUAGUGAGAGAAGAAAGUGUGUUUUUGUUGCUGUAGCUCAUUUAUUUCCCAACCAGCCCAGUGCACUUUCGUGAAAGUAAGACCUGGCCUGGAAGCUUUUACAUCCUAUAUUGUAGCUAUAUGUCCCAUAUGGAGAAUUUUUUUUUUUAACACCAGCAUGCUUGUUCUAUCAGGACGUUAAAUAUCUGUUCCCACUUGUUAAAAAACAGCAGCAACAACAAAAACUAAAGAACUUUCUGGACUUACUAUUUAAAGUUAAAACCAAAUAAUUACUUUUAAGGUAAUUCUCUUUAGCUUUCAUCACAACCGCCUAAGAAACUCUCCUAUCUGAAGAAGUAUGUUUUUAAAAAAAUAGUACUGGUGACAUUUUGUUAUGUCAGUCAGAGAGUUCCCUGUUUAUAUUGAAAAAACACAUUAGGAUCUUUGCCUCAGUUAAGAAUUAAUUUUAAUGCUUCACAUGAAAAGAAUAUGAAUAAUCAUCAUAAUGACUAAUACAGACCUGCCAGAAUAUAAGAGGGAAAUUAAAAGAAAAAAAUUGCAUUAACUAUUUCCAAGCAUCGUUCCUUGAAAUGUCCCAUCAACACAGGGUACUACCUUAACCAGAAGCCCCAAGUUAUGUAUUCUGGUUUUAUAGAAUGUUAUUUAUGAACAAAGUUAUAAUGACUAUGUUACAGUCCUUGUAUUUUAGCAAAUCUGGGAUUAGUUCAUGUCAGUUAAAAUUUCUUAAAGAAAGCUUUGCUUUUUGUGGCAACACACUAUUUUUGCACAGUCCCAGCUGUGUGUGAUGGCGUCACUAUAACCAAGUUGUGUGCAUUAAUUCCCUCUGAUACUGUGUAUUUAAAUGUCCAGAUGUAAACCUUUGUGACUUUCACUGGAGGACUUGGCAGCAUGCCUGUUGCCUGUGGCCCACCCGCCUGCAGAAUAAGCUGUGAUCAAGAUCCUGCCUGUGAGGUUCUGCGUCAGUCUCUGCAGUGUUCCCCUCUUGCUCACAGGCAGAGAAUAUAUUUCAAAAACUAUGUGAUGCUAAAUCUAUAGCAGAGAGUAUGUAUGUUUUAUGUGAAACUGUACAGUAAAUAAAAUGGAUAAUAUCUUGA